AUGCUCAAGCGAUGGUUCCGGUUUGUCGGCAGUGUCAGGACCCUUCAGGAGGUUGACCCUCUUGUGACGGGGACCAAUUUCAUGAUACGCGCGCCAGUGUUAAUGGUCAGCAGCUCUUCGCUCGCGCUGCUUUGCGAAUCGUUCCAUAUGUUCUCGAGGGCUCACUUGUCCUCUUUGCUCCAGAGGCAUCGUAUGCGCAUCACAUCACUGACUAAUGCCGAGGCGUUGCGUCAGCUGCGCGCUCACCUGAACGAUUGCAAUUGCAUCCCGGACAUCUAUAUAUUCGCCGAGCUAGGAUCCCAGCGUCGUGUCGAGCGCCGAGUCUCUCGUAGGGCGGAUACUCGUUCUCUUGCCACGCGUAAGACUGCACGAUCUUCCCGGCCGGUACCCGUGCCACUGCAUGCUGACGAUUUACCGAUGCCGUUCCUUCAAGACCCUGACGUUCAUCCAGACCUUUUCCCCGAGCAAUACGAUGAGAAUCUUCGAAACAAGAUUAUAUAUGAGUGGCAAUGCAUGAUGCAACCAGUCCAAUGGGAGAGGGAGACGUGUGCGGUGUGCGGGCAGCAGCACUUCAAGGACGUGCUCCUGGUGCGCGACGUUCUAGACGAAGAGCUGGAGUUAUUACAGGACCACUCUCUACCGCCAGAGUUGAGACCCGUGGACUAUGAUCUGAGCUCGUAUCGAUAUGCUCUUCUACAUCCUGCUGGCAUCGUUAUCCGCCGCCAAAGGGGGGUACUGCGACUGUGCAAGAGUUGUUCCGCGUCUCUGAAACGCCGAAAGAUGCCAAAGGACGCGCUUGCCAAUAAACUCUACUAUGCACAUGAUAGGUUACCGCCUACGGUGAAAGAAGCCUUUCAGAAUUCUAGCCUUGCUGACAAGAUGUAUACAGCUGGCUGUCGCAUGACUCGUAUCACAUUCCUCAUAGAGAAUCCCGAUGAGUCGAAGAAGCACAUGCCUGCCCAAGGGAUGAACAGAGGACAUUGUGCGUUCAUUCCUCAAGAUUCGGGGACCCUAUCUUGCAUGCUACCUCCUGCGCCAGAUGAUCCCUCGCUAGGUAUCUGUGUUCUAUUCGUUGGACAGGGAGUUCCGCCUACCAAGGAGACCAUCUCAACUAUAUUGCGUCCUUUGAUAUGCAAUCUCUCCAUUGUCAAGGUGAUCUCGCAGUUUCUUGCUACAUCGAACCGUGCUUACAUAGAGAGAAACAUUGUAUACAGUGAAGACAAUCUGAAGGAUAUCGGCUCUGCUUUUCCAGGUAGCGUUCUCGGGUUACCUCGUAACGUGCAAGUGAGCGUGCUUGACUCUGAGUCUGCCUCCACCGUACAUCGUUCUAUGCAAGGCGGAUAUUCAAACGUCGACCGAGCAGAGCUCAUCAUCCCUGCCAAUGAAGUCUUUAUCCAAAACGUUGGGUAUGCAAGUGACUCUCAAAGCUCCAAGGCAUCGACCGCCGCAAAGGCACUCGCGCUUGAUUGGGUGCUAAACAAGAAACCUUUCGUUCAAGUUACCGACGGUACAAAACUAUUCUCGGACCGACACCCAGACGCAUUGACGUUGACACACCCGCAUCUUGAUCCCUAUUCCCUCGGAGGGUUCUUGCACGAAGAACGUACUGGACACAGACACUUAUCUAUGCAACGGCAGCUCAGGAACAUGAUUCUCAUGAAGGACGCACCGUUUGCCGCGGACCCCAACUUCGCCUACGUCUUCUUCAAUGCUAUACAGCGUACUCAGACAUCAACUGCGGCUACAUUCAAGGUAGCAGAAGAGCAAUACGCGUCGUUCGCCGAUACACUACUGGAGAAUCGAGGUAUGCUUGAAGUACUGGAAGCGAAAUACCGUACAAAUCCGGACGCAGAACCUACUACAUCCGGUGAACGCAAGUUGGUCAAUGCAAUGAACCAACUUCGCGUAAUGUGCAAGGACGUCAUGGGAUCUAACGCCUCUCGUACCAGAAUGCGUACCAAGGUGAAAGCUCUUCUCAAGUCAUUUGGAUGCCCAACUCUCUUUGUUACGUUGAAUCCCACUGACGUACUGUCUAAACAACUGCAUGUGCUGUGUGGUGGAAAGGCCGACGAAUUUGCGCGUCUGAGUGACUACGAGCGCACGAAGCAAGUUGUCGAGCAUCCCGCAGAAACGGCUAUCUGGUUCGAUCUAAUCAUAAAGUUGUUCAUUAAGAUAAUACUGCGUCACGGCUCAGACGAACCUGGCCUUUUUGGGACAUCUGAAGCUUACUUUGGAUCGGUUGAAGCGCAGGGUCGUGGUUCGCUGCAUUGCCAUAUGUUACUCUGGUGUAAAGGAGGUUUAUCUCCGCAAGACGUACGCGAUAAGAUGGACUCCAAUCCGGCCUUUCGCGAUCGGAUGUUUGGGUGGUUGGAGUGCAUUAUCAAGUGUGAGUUGCCCGGGAUGACAGAGGUCCUCAGGGAACCGCCCGGACAACAGCUGAAGAAUCCGAUGCGCUACACGGAAGGUAGGCCUGAGCUCGAUGUUCCGCCGAUCAUACCUAAUCCAGAACAGAUGUCACUGGAAGAGAGAGAGCUGUUUCAAGAGCGAUUCCAGAAUUUCGUUCAUGAUCUGGCGUGUGCUUUCAAUUGGCAUAAGCACCAUCCGACUUGCUGGAAGUACUUGAAGCCUGGUCAGCCAAAGACUGAUGCGAACUGCAGGAUGCGCAUAGACGGUAGUACCCAACCUAUAACCGGUCUGGACGAGGAGACCGGCUCCAUCUUGCUGCGGCGCCUGCAUCCAUGGAUCAAUAACUUCAACGAUGUCGUACUCUUUCUGCUUCAGAGCAAUAUGGACGUCAAAUACAUAGGGUCCGGUCAGGCCGCAAAGGCACUAGUGUACUACAUAACAGAUUAUAUCACCAAGGGUACCUUACCUAUGCACAUUGGUCUAGCAGCGGUCAUUUCGGCUAUCAAGAAAAUGUCCGAUCCUACGGCGGCGAUGGAUGAUUCGAUGGACGAAUCCACCGCGACAAGUGUACAACGGCGCAGAUUCCUCAUCAAAUGUGUGAAUGCUAUGAUGGGUCGACUCGAACUCUCGCAUCAACAGGUGAUGAGCUAUCUCGUAGGCGGUGGAGACUGUUACAGUAGUCAUCAGUUCGCAUCUCUAUACUGGGGAGACAUGAGCAAGUUCCAUCCAAAGGCCACUGGUUGA